AUGCGACCCAGCCAAUAUCAACCGCUUCUUCUCUCGUUACUCCUUCCCCUCGUUGUUGCUCACCCGUAUCCUCAAGCUGUCGUUAAAAAGGAUGCCGUCGCUUACACCACUACCUGGACCGAGACGAGAACCUACACUAGCACUAUCAGCUCGUUCCUAGGCGACUCGACCGCACCAGCAGGAGGGUCAGACGAGCCCUGUGUACCACCUGAAGGAUCAGGGCAGAUCGAAUGUGGCCCCAUUUGCUGCGCGAGUUGGCAGUACUGCGCCUACGAGGGCCAAUGUUUGGCAAACGGUGGCGGUUCCUGGACUCAAUGGACCACCGUCGGCGUCGUUACCACUCAAUACUCAGCUCCUUACAGGGUUACCAGCGGUAGCACCGUUAUAGAGACCUCCCCACCGACUACUACUACCGGCACUGCAGCCAGCGAAACUGCUUCGGCUACAACCACACCGGCUCCCGUCGCAACCACGAGCGGUUCGUUGAGUGGAGGCGCAAUUGCCGGUAUCGUUGUUGGUACUAUUGCCGGUGUAAUUUUACUAUUGCUCCUAUGUUUUUGCUGCAUCGUUAGAGGCCUCUGGGGUACGUUCGCCGGCCUUUUUGGUGGAGGCAAGAAGAAACGAGAGACGGAACGAAUCGAGAUCAUCGAAGAAGGAUACUCGAGGCGCGGAAGUAGACACGGUAGCGCAUAUGCUGGAGGUGCAGGUGCAAGUGCAGCACGACCAGUUCACCGGACUUGGUUCGGGGGUGGAGGUGGCGGAGGUCGACCCACGUCGGCCGCUGCUAGAAAAGAGAAGAAAUCGGGAGGCGGAGCGGGCUGGCUGGCCGCCGCCCUAGGCGCAACCGCGCUACUUCUAGGCCUGAGGAGAAGCGACAAGCAACGCAGGACUAGCAGGGAGAAACCGCCACGAGGUGAAAGCGACUUUAGUAGUUCGUACUAUACCGACUCCUAUACUGCAAGCAGCCCUAGAGGACACGCGAUACGCGACGUUCCAGAAACUCGAGAGGAACGAGAGCUUCAAGACCUUCAAGAGUCUCUCGGGGACCCUCGAGGAGAAGCUAAACCACCGACUCCAGCCUGUAUUUUUACGAAUCCUUCCCUACCCUUUCGAAAUUGA